GAAGCUUUUUAUUGGUGGAAUUAGUAGAGAUACUAAUCAAAAGGAUUUAAAGGAAUACUUUUCCAAGUUUGGAGAAGUAACAGAAGUAAAUAUCAAGACAGAUCCUUCAAGUGGCCGAUCUCGAGGUUUUGCCUUUGUUGCUUUUGCUAGUAGGGAUUCAGUUGACUCUGUAUUGCACAAUGGACCUCAUAAUAUUAAAGGAAAACAAAUUGAAGCCAAACGAGCCAAAGUCAGGCCUGGAAUCAAGAAAAUAUUUGUUGGUGGUAUUGAAUCCGACAUGACGGAAGCAGAUAUCCGUAACUACUUUGAGCAUUUUGGCAAGGUUGAAACUGUAGAGCUUCCUUUUGACAAGGUAAAAAAUCAACGAAGGCAGUUUUGUUUUGUAACAUUUGAAGAUGAAAUGACAGUCGAUCAAGUUUGCAAGCAGCCUAAACAAAAAAUAGGAAAUAAGGAGUGUGAUGUUAAAAAAGCAACAACUAAACCCGAUCCCAGAAUGGCAAGAGGUGGUGGCAUGGCUGGCCGAGGAAGAGGCAGAGGUGGUCCUGCUGGUGCUUGGGGACAAGACUAUGGAAUGCAAGGUUAUGGAGGAUAUGGUGGCUAUGGACAAGGAGGCUAUGGUGGAUAUGGUGAUUACAGUGGAUAUGGUGGUUAUGGAUCAAAUUAUGGGCCUGGCGGUGGCUAUGGAGGAGGCCCCGGGGGAUACAGUUUUAAUGGCUGGGGUAACUACGGACAAAAUGGUUUUUCAGGUGGUUAUGGUGCUCAGCAGCCGCCUGCCCCAGGGAAAGCCAGACGUGGCACAACUACUGGACAAGGCUAUCAGCCAUAUUGAUAAAAAAUUUUAAGUUGUGCCGUCUUCGCAGUAUCUCGUCCCCAUGAUUCAACCUAUCUGGAAGGUGUACAUAGCCUGUGUGUUUUAUCCACUUCAUCUUAUGCUAAUUCGUGCAGAACUUUUUUUAUUUUUUUCUUUCAUGUAGCAUGUCCAUGCUUUGGUCCAGUGUUGUAAAAUACCAUUUGUCUGUGUCUCGGCACAUUCCAAUAAAAAGGAAUUCUUGUUAGUAGUUGCACACCUAUGUGUUGCAUUUUCAGAACAAAUAUAAAUGUUUUCUUUUUUAAGUGA